AUGACGAGUGCCGGCAACGCGAGCGAUACCGUGGCUGCACUCUUCACUGCCUCAUUCCUCCACAUACCGGAGUUCCUUGGCCACCAUGCGGUUCAAUACCUCUCAAACCAGAUGGACUCCUUUGCGCAGUCGAUCCCCGUGUCAUUCGUGUACGUUCUGCUCAUCACGGCUCCCCUUUUCAUUGGCCUGUUGCGGGUGGUGUGGCCGCUGUUGGAGAGCUGCAUCCUGAGCAGCAGCGCGAGUGUCGGUGGCAUUCCUGGAAGACUCUCAUACAUCCAGCGCAACAUCAUCGUCCAGCUGUCGCCGCUCUUUUUCGUCGACGUACCAAACUACAACGUUUUACUACAGAACGCCGUGAUGGUGUACGUGUGCCACCACCUCUGGCGUCAGACGCCACUGCCCUCGCGUCUCCACUGCAGCCGAGCCCAAACAGUGGACUUGGUUGAUCCCUAUCGAACCUGGCAAGCGAACGUCAAGCCUCAUUUGCCAUUUUAUGCAGGGACCCCACUGCGCUACCACUGGUCCCAAGAGGAAUUCACCAAAAACGAGCUCGACCGCCUGCGGCUGUUGAAGCUCCCGAUAAACUCGUGGGCGCCUGUAAUGGCCGAAGAGUUGGAGAUCUACUUCCACGAAGAGCCGCUCACCCUCGCAAACUAUAGCUCCAACUGGACAAGACGCACUCUCUCACUGCGCUGCCCCGCCACACCCGGGGCUGCAGCGAGGCUCGACGCAUUCGUGCAGCGAGCGCUAGAGGUGUUCGCGGAGGGCGCGCCGGGCAAAGAGGAGGACGACGGGGCGCGGUGGUUCUUCGCGUACGGCGGCGAGUCAGACGACAAGGUGUAUUUCAACCAGUACGUGCUGCGCAGCAACAAAGGCUUCGACACGCUCUUCUUCCCGCAGCGCGACGCGACGCUGACGCUGGUCGACCAGUUCGCGCAGCGGCGCGGGCGGUUUGCCGUGGAGGGGUUCCCGCAGAGACUGGGCUUCCUUGUG